CUCCUCCUUAAAGGCGCCGCGGAGGGGUGGAGCGGGAUGGGGGGUGCUUAUGGUCUGCGCCGCUCGGAGACCGGCCCGUGCCUGCUGCAGCUCGGAGGUGCAGCAGCGAUGUUGCUGAUCAGAACGACCGCCAGGAGCUGCUGGGCCCUUCAGGGCGUCCCCAGGUACGAGGGGGCCACGUCACUGCUGAGGGUGGCAGCCGGAGCAUGCACGCCCUGGAUCCCAACCCACACCCAUGGCACCUGGAGUGGGAGCAGCCACAGUGGCAGGAGCAGUUGGAGGCGGAGGGCAACGGCCGUGGGGGCCCUGCUGGGCCUGGGCUCUGCCCUGGCCUAUGGUGGGCACUGCCGGCAGACGGCCCAGGCGGAGUCGAGCCCUCAGGACACUGUGCUGGGGCCCUUCCCACUGUACACACGGGAGGAAGUGGGGAGACACCGCAGCCCCGAGCAGCGUGUCUGGGUGACUCACGGCCGUGAGGUCUUUGACAUUACUGAUUUCCUGGACCUGCACCCUGGUGGGCGCAGCAAGAUCCUGCUGGCGGCCGGCGGCGCCCUGGAGCCCUUCUGGGCCCUGUAUGCAGUGCACAACCAGGCGCAUGUGCGGGACCUGCUGCGGGAGUACAAGGUGGGCGAGCUGCACCCUGAGGAGCUCACAGCCCCAGCAGCUGCUGACGACCCCUAUGCUGGGGACCCACCACGCCACCCUGCGCUGCACGUCAACAGCCUCAAGCCCUUCAAUGCAGAGCCGCCGGGCGAGCUGCUGGGCGAGCACUUCCUGACGCCCCCUGAGCUCUUCUUCAAGCGCAACCACCUGCCUGUGCCGCACGUGGACCCCGAUGCCUACUGCCUGAAGGUGGAAGGGCCGGGGGGCCGCACGCUGAGUCUCUCACUGCAGGACCUGCAACGCCGCUUCCCCAAGCAUGAGGUGACAGCCACGCUGCAGUGUGCUGGCAACCGCCGCAGCGAGAUGAGCCGCGUCCGCCCUGUCAGGGGACUGGACUGGGGCAUCAGCGCCAUCAGCACGGCGCGCUGGGGUGGGGUCUGGCUGCGGGAUGUCCUGGCCGACGCUGGCUUUGCUGAGGAGCCUGAGAGCCAGCGGCACGUCUGCUUCGAGGGGCUGGACCAGGACCUGACAGGCACAGCUUACGGUGCAUCCAUCCCUUUCUACCAGGCCAUGAGUGCCCGUGCUGAUGUGCUGCUGGCCUACGAGAUGAACGGUGCGGCGCUGCCCCGCGACCAUGGCUUCCCACUGCGUGUGGUGGUGCCGGGCACGGUGGGUGCCCGCAAUGUCAAGUGGCUGGGCCGCAUCUGGGUGAGCGCAGAGGAGAGCCCCAGCCACUGGCAGCGCAACGACUACAAGGGCUUCUCACCUGGCGUGGACUGGGACACAGUGGAUUACACCACGGCCCCCGCCAUCCAGGAGCUCCCGGUGACGUCAGCCAUCACGGACCCGCCACCCGGUGCCACUGUGGCCUCCGGCGAGGUGACGGUGAAGGGCUACGCCUGGAGCGGGGGCGGGCGUGGUGUGGUGCGUGUGGACGUCUCGCUGGAUGGUGGCCACACCUGGCAGGUGGCCGAGAUGCAAGGGGAGCAGCAGCCGCCAGGGCAGGUGUGGGCCUGGAAGCUGUGGCAGCUGACGGCCCCUGUGCCCCCCGGCACCACGGAGCUGGACAUCGUGUGCAAGGCUGUGGAUGCCAGCUACAACGUGCAGCCUGACACGGUGGGGCCUAUCUGGAACCUGCGCGGUGUCCUCAGUCAUGCUUGGCACCACGUGCGGGUGACUGUGGCCGAGGAGUGACCAGGCCGGGGCCAGGCUGGCUCGUGCUGCAGCCCCUGUGGGACACGAGUUUGGCAGGUCUCAGCCAAGGCAUGAAGCUUUCACAGGGAGGAAAGCGAACCCCCCUAGCCUGGAGCCCCCUGGGUGGAGCUGGCAGAUGCCCCUACUGCCCCCACCGCCCAGGGGUUUUACUCUGUGCCCCCUCCUGCCACCCCCACUCCAGUCUAUCCUCCGCAAGUCCUGAUGCCCACCCCUUCCCCAGCUCCAUCUUCUUACAGACUCUUCUUCAUACCGCUCCCACCGCCUGUGCCUGUCACAGGCGACCUCAAAGGGCUCAGCCUUAUCGGAGACGUGUGAGAAUUGGGCGGGGGCCAAGAUUGUGCUGCUUUUAUAGACUCCACUGCGAUAAUGCACCACCCUGAGUGCAGCACAACUGGACUUUCUCCCGGACUUUACCCUGUGCCUUAGCCUUGCUGCCCGAUCUCUGCUGCCCAGUGCCCCCUGCCAGUGCAGCCUUGGGUUCCUCCACUGCAGGCCGCGCUCUUCAGCAAAGCCUCCCCUUGACUGGGAGCUCUGCUCCCCGCCCUGGUCCUGCCAACGGACCUGACCAGGGCUUUGCAUGUAGGGACCUAGGUGCCCCACAUGCUUGGGGGGCCACGGCCACGGCCCCAAUCGCCUCCUCUGUGUGUAGCUUCCUGGACUUUUCUGUCCCUAAACGCGUUUUUGGCGGGGAGACUAUGGGGUUAUGAUUAUCAGGGGUGAUUUUCUUGCAGUCUCUGGGGAAGACAGAGGCAAAUCCCCACCCAGCUCCAUGGUCCCCACCAACGUGCUGCCUCAGGGCUGGGCUCCCCAGCACCAAUGCCCCCCAUACGCCCCUCCAAGCAUCUGCGUCCCAGGUGACUGCCUGAUGCCAUCACCCUGUUCCCAAAACCGCUACGGUGCAUUUUGGGAUGGUGGGGCUUGGGCAGGCGCAGCCCCCAGGGCGAUGUCCACGCGUUCCUUAUUCUUAAUUAAAGCCUCCCCGGCCGUUCCCCGGCUCAGUUCUGUCUCCUUGGGGCCCAGUCCGGCAGGGAUGGUCAACACCCACCCCCGUGGGUACUUGGCUGGGCAGAGCCUCCCAGCCCCUGGGCAGCCCCCCAGUCUUGGCUCUCGGUCCUUGCUUCUUGUGCACUUGGGCCUCGUGCCCUUGGCCCAGGCUGCUGGGCAAGGCCAGGCUGGACCCUUGCAAAGGGUGGUGGGAGGACGGUACCAGGCCAGGAGUGACAGUGCUGCCCCCUGCCUCCUCCUGGAACCCUUUAGAGGUCCUGGAAGUCAGCUGGCGGCAUUGAUUGCUGCCCAGGUGAUGCAGAUGGAUUGGCCCAAGCACGGACACAGGGACCUUGUGCCUGGGGGACCAGUGGGCACAUGGGCUGGUGGAUGCAGAGCUCCUGGCUGAGCUUAUUUCUUCCCCACUGGGUGCCUCCGUUUCCCCACCCAGGACACAGCUGCCUUGGCCCAGGUUGGGGAACAGAGCUAGGCCUUAUCUGCAGGGCAUGGGCACCACCUGCUGGCUCGCCAGCACCACUACAGGGCCCAAGGGGUCCAGACCCGGGACAACGUGGCAGGGACAGGGAGGCAUGAGCUGCAGCAGAGCUGGAGCCAAGAGAAGGGGCUCUGCUGCCCCAGCGCAUGGAGCUGGCACUGCCGAUCGAUUAGAGCCCCCCUUAUCCCCAGCAUGGGCUCAGAGGGCCUGUGCCCAAGGCAGCUGGCCUCGGGCGGCACGCAAAGCCUCCGGCACCCCUGCAGUCGGUCUGGAAGGUGCAAGGGCAACGGGCUGGGAAAGCAGGUGUCUCCCUGGCAUGAGGGCAAAGAGCCUGUCUGGCCGUGGCGUGGCCCAGCCGGGUGCGACGGGGUACCCAGGCCCC